UGGCUGAGCUUCGGGUGGAGGUGGACGGGGGCGGCGCAGAGGUGGAGGCGAGGGAUGGCUGGGUGAAAGUAAAGGAGGAGGAUUUUCAUCUCAUCUCCCUCACCUGCACUGCCCCACCUGGCCCCUGAUGAUGACCCCGACCUCCCCGCAGCCUCAGGUGUUCUGGAGCAAGGAUGGUGUGUACCUUCCCCUGCACUUCCCCACCCUCCUCCCUGCCACCGUGCACGAUCCCACCAAGUCACACGUGGGCGCCGCCAACGCCUCGCAGCUCCUCCUGCAGGGGGCCUACUGGUGCGAGGCAUGGCAGCCCCGCUCGCCCGCCCGCCACGUCAGUAACAAAGUGCUGCUCACACUGGAUGGACACGAGGUGCUGCUUGCUGCACUUCAAGGAGCGGUGGUCCUGGCAAGCCCCGCCGCCCACCACACACUCCGUGGAGGGCACGGUGCGCCGCGCCCUCUCCGCCUCGCUAUUCAUCUUCCCUCGUCCAGCGCCGCCUUCGGGAUUGUGCUGGCCAUGGUGCGGGGCGGGCGGGGACUCGAAGACUUGCUGGAGCGGGACAGGUUUGCUGAGCCCCGCGGCGGCCCUUCCCCGACGCGCUGCAGGAGAUGGACAGAGGAGCCUUCCGGGAUCGCGUGGCCGUUCUCGGAGCAACCCACGGUGCCGCGCUCCCACUUCGAUCCCCAUGAGUGCCAGCGUUUCGAUUUCUGCCCGCGAGGCUACACCGGACUCGCCGGCGCUUUUUGCGUCUCGCUGACCCCCGCCAGCACGUGGGGCGAGGGUUUCCAUGUAGCGUACAAUAGCAGAAAUGCCAUGAGUGUCCUGGACAUGGCGCGCCUGCACCAAGCUGAGGCGAGCGUGCCGUCCCUAUACCAGGAGGUGCGGCAGUGGUUGGCGCAGCGGGGAGGUGGCGGCCGAUUAUGGCUACCUUUUAAGAGACUGGCGCCUUUCGGUCCCAUGACGUUCUUGGGUCCCGGCGCGUCAGAGUAUACCAUCGCGCACCACGCAGGGUCGCCCCGCUUCAACGUGUCGUGGGCGGCAGGGCAAGCCUUAGUGAGCGGGUACCCGGGGGGUCGGGGGACCUGCUUCCAUGUGCUCCGCAGAGAGCCGGGGCUCGGGUGGCACGAGGCGGCAGCACUGUGUGCGGAGGGGAACGCGUACCUCCCUGACCCCAGCGACGGCUUCCUGGAUUGGCCUCUGAGGCAGUACUUGUACAGCCACAACAUUACCUGUUCGAAAAGGCGGGGCACCGUCCUAGUGAAGGUGCAGCCCCCAGACGCCCCUAUUGUUGGCGACCCGCGGUGCCACGUGAAUGGCCGCGAGGUGCCGCUCGUAUACAAGCGUUACGAAGACCUAGAAACCUUCACGGCUGUGGACAGCGACACUCAAGGCUAUUACAAGUGUUCGGUUACAGCCCGGCCCCUGCACGACGCCACUUUCUAUCCCGAGAGUCAGUUAUACAGUGAUCCUUGCGUGGCUGACUUCCUGGAGCAGGUGCGGGGAGGCCUCGCCCAAGCUCACGUGCACGUCACGACGGACAACUUCUACCUUUUUCCCGAGGCUCAGGAAGCACCACUGGCUGUUACCAGGAGACGCAGCGGGAGCAGGGCCCCCACCAAUGCGACCCUCACGUGGCCGGCGACGCAAGGAGCCACGGUGGUACUGCCCGCCGAGCUGUGCGUCACGGAAGAGGGUAAUCCCGUCACUCGCGAGUGUGUGGGGGAUUUCAUCCGCGGGUAUCACUGGGGCGACAGGUCUGGGGAAUGCACCGACCGCCCCCUCAACGUGACUCGCAAGUUGUGGGAAAUCAACCAAGACACUCAGCCUUCUGACCCCGCCGACCUCGCGGCGCUCACUGCCCAAGGUGACUCCCUCACGUCCGCUGACGUGCAUUUCGUCGCCAAGAAAAUGCAUUCUCUGUCCCACACGUCCCCCAGUGGGGCGUGGGGAUCUCGACCACAUCGUAGAAACAUUGAACAAACGUGAUGGAGGCGGACGACAACGUGUUCGGGGGACGUGCAAAGAGUCCUCAACACGUCCAGUAUUUUGGUGGAAUCCCUGGAAAACAUCAGUCUGAGUGUGAAGCUGCCCCGCCGCCUCGGCGACCAGCCGCUGCGGAGCGACAAGAGGCUGGUGUCCGUGGAAAGGCUCGAUCUGGUGCCCGAGUCACCCGUCAUCGGAUACCAGGCUUAUGCCAAAGACGAGGAGGAGGAGGAGGAAGGCCUACUCUGGAACGAGGAAGAGGAGGAGGUGGUCAGAAAAGGAAAUGAGAACAUUUGGAAGCGCAGUAAAGUCACCAUCAUCUUACCAAACAACCUGACGCGGCAAGUGGCGGAGGAGGCCACCCUGGCCAGGGACUCAAGAAGCGGAGGCACGGAAGAUGACAAAGUGCAACUAAUGUUUGCUGUGUAUCGGAAUUCGAAACUUUUCCAAGACAACAGUUCCUUCCCCAAUCACACAGUGAGCGGCCACAUCAUCCAGGCCACGUACGGCGGCCGCAGCGUGGCGCACCUCGCACAUCCCGUCAGAAUCUACUUCAAGGUGCGCGGCGCCGAGAAUGAUUCCAAGUGCGUCUUUUGGGACUUCGGGAUGAACGAGGGGCGUGGUGGGUGGUCGACGGCGGGCUGCUGGAGCGGCGGGAGGCACGAGGACCACUGGUUGUGUCACUGCAGUCAUCUCACGUGCUUCGCGCAUCUCGUUAACUUCGACGAGAGCGCAAAAGUGCACGAGAGCAUCUUGACCGUCAUCAGUACGAUCGGCUGCCUGCUCUCCAUCGUUAGCCUCCUGCUGGUGUUGACGACUUUCUUAGUCUUCCAAAAAUGGCGUCGUCGCCUAAGCAACAAGAUCCUGGCUAACCUCGCCCUGGCCAUCUUGUGCAGUCUCGUCGUGUUCCUGACCGGCGUGGAGCAGACGCUGUACCCGCUGAUGUGCCGCGGCGUGGCCGUUGCCUUGCACUACUUCAUCCUGGCGUCCUUCGGCUGGAUGUUGGUGGAGGCGGUGCACCAGUACCUCAAGUUCGUGAAGGUGGUGGGCACGUACAUCCCGAGGUUCAUCUGGAAGGCAUCCGUGUGUGCUUGGGGCGUGCCCUUCGUGCCCAUCAUCGCCGUGCUGGUGUACGACAGCGCCCUCUAUGACAGUGAUCGUGAGGACAAAAUCUGCUGGAUGUCAAGCACGGCCUUCAGAUACGCCUUCGUGUCGCCCCUGGCCGCCACCAUGGCCGUCAACAUGGUGCUCUUUAUGCGCAUCAUCCACGCCGUGACGUGUGGCCGCGUGCGCGUCACCAGCACCCUGUCUGAGCGGCAGCUGCGCCUCACACAGCUACGCAUGGCCAUCAGCGUGUUCUUCCUGCUGGGCUUCACGUGGGUGUUCGGGCUGCUCUCCGCCUGGCGCCCCAGCGUGGUGUUCUCCUACCUGUUCUGCAUCAGCAACACCUUGCAAGGGUUCUUCAUCUUCCUGUUCCACGUGUUCCGGGAGCGUGAAGCGCGUAGGCUGUGGCGGGACUUCCUUUCGGUGAUAAGCAAGGGUUCCACCGCCUCGGAAGCCGCACCCUCGCUGCCCACUCCUAGGUACUCCGGUCAGCCGUCCCCCGCCCUCGACAACAGCAACAGCGUGAGUUACAACCACCAGGGCGAGGUGUGUUUCAACCCGCGCGGGCCCCGCCUGGGACACGGCGCGCGGCAGUGUACGCUCCACCCUCACCGUGGUCCACGCUCGCCCACUCCCGCGCCUCCACGCCCUCGAUGGACUGACGCGGCGCUGGGGGGGGCGGCGGCGGAGGCGUGGUAUUCAUGGAAGCAGUCAUCGUCACUAUCAUCAUCAUCAUCAUCAUCAUCAUCAUCAUAUUUAUACAAGUUUUCACCUCCUCCUCCUCCUCCUCCAUGCAUUGUGCCAAAAGGGAACUCAAAGGAAGGCAUUGCAGUGAUAUCCCUUUUAUUGUUCCCGCCAAUACAUCACGUGUGUUUGGGUGAGGGCGGUGUUCGGCGGAGCUGGGAGGAGCAGGGAGGGGUGCAAGGCUGUCCCGCCCACACCACCCCUCCCCACCCGGCCUGCCUGCUCACCCUCCACCUGCCCGCCUCGUGUACAUAGAAGUGUAAAUAAAUACUGCUUUUACUUGGAAAAAAAAAGAAAGAAAGAAAGAAAUUAGAAA